AUGGAGGAUGAGCACGACGGUGAAGAUCAGCACACAAGAAGGACGACGACGACGACCAAGCAGACGACGGAAUCAUCAUCAGCCGAGCGGCAGCUGGUGGCGGCGUGGUGGAGACGGAGGGCGCAGAAGCUGGUGCCCACCAGAGGCGUGGGCCUGGUCAUCGCCGGUCUCCUCGUGCUGGCCUUGCUCGUCGGCGGCGGCGGCACCAGCCGCUGGAUCCACCUCGACUACGCAUCGGGAAAGCAACUUAAAAUGCAACUGAUAACUACACCUCUGCCAAUUAAACCGCUGUUUCGACAAGCAUCGAAAUCCGCCCCUCCUCCUCAGUGCCCGGAGUACUUCCGGUACAUCCACUCCGACCUGUCGCCAUGGCGCGAGACGGGGAUCACGCGCGAGGCGGUGGAGCGGGGGCGCGACCGGGCGGCGUUCCGGCUGGUAGUCGUGGAUGGCCGCGCGUACGUGGAGACGUACCACCGCGUGUUCCAGACGCGGGACACCUUCACGCAGUGGGGCAUCGCGCAGCUGCUGGCGCGCUACCCCGGCCGCGUGCCGGACUUGGACCUCAUGUUCAACUGCGAGGACAUGCCGGAGGUGCGCGCCGCCGACUUCGCUGCCGCGCCGUUCCAUGCGCCGCCGCUGUUCCGGUACUGCAAGGACGACUCGACGCUGGACAUCGUGUUCCCGGACUGGUCCUUCUGGGGGUGGCCCGAGGUGAACAUCCGGCCCUGGGCGCCGCUGCUGGAGGAGAUGGCGGCCGAGAUGGCGCGGCUGCCGUGGGCGGAGCGGGAGCCGUACGCGUACUGGAAGGGCAACCCCAGCGUAUCGGGGGAGCGCGGCGACCUCCUCCGGUGCAACGACUCAUCGGGGAAAUGGAGGACGCGCGUGUUCUGGCAGGACUGGGGCGCCGCCAUCCGGGACGGCUUCCGGGACUCCAACCUGGCGAAGCAGUGCCGAUACAGGUACAAGAUCUACGUGCGUGGGCGGUCGUGGUCGGUGAGCCAGAAGUACAUACUCGCCUGCGACUCGCCGCUGCUCCUCGUCGCCACCCCCUUCAAGGACUUCUUCUCCCGGGGCCUCGUCGCCGGCAAGCACUACUGGCCUAUCGAACCCGGCGCCCGCAAGUGCGCCGACAUCAAGUUCGCCGUCGACUGGGGCAACGCGCACCCGGAGCAGGCGCGCCGGAUGGCCGAGGAAGGCAGCGGAUUCGCGCGUCACGACCUCAGCAUGGACUACGUCUACGACUACAUGCUGCACCUGCUGACCCAGUACGCCGGCCUACUCCGCUACAAGCCCACCGUGCCGGAGAACGCCGUCGAGCUGUGCGCCGAGACUGUCGCGUGCCACUCUGCCGCGCACGCUAAUAACAGGGAAUUCGACUUCAUGAUGGAGUCCAGGGAGAGGUACGUCGCCGACUACCAGCCCUGCACGCUGCCGCCGCCCUUCACCGCCGAUGAGGUGAGGGAGAUGACACGAAGAGACCAGGAGGUGCGCGCCAACGUGCACAAGAUGAUGACCACCAUGACUCCAUGA